UUCGCUCUCUCUCCCGUCUCUCUCUCUCUCAGCUCGCCUGUCAGAGGAACGCCACUGUAGGAGGCUACCCUCCCCGGACACCGUGCGAGAGUUAGCCGCUGUGGUGCCCUAAAGCUCAAGGCUCCCCUCUCAGAGACUAAUCAUGGCUACUAUCGUUACCUCCACCAGAUUCACCGACGACUACCAACUCUACGAAGAACUCGGAAAGGGAGCCUUCUCUGUGGUGCGUCGUUGUGUGAAGAAGUCAUCUGGCCAGGAGUACGCAGCAAAAAUCAUCAACACUAAGAAGCUGUCUGCCAGAGACCAUCAAAAGCUGGAGCGAGAGGCCCGUAUCUGCCGUCUGCUAAAACACCCCAACAUCGUGAGACUCCAUGACAGUAUCUCUGAAGAAGGCUUUCAUUACCUGGUCUUUGACCUCGUGACGGGAGGAGAGCUGUUUGAGGACAUCGUAGCCAGGGAGUAUUACAGCGAGGCAGACGCCAGUCAGUGUAUUAAUCAGAUCUUGGAGAGUGUCAAUCAUAUCCACCAGCAUGACAUCGUGCACAGGGACCUCAAGCCUGAGAACCUGUUGCUGGCCAGCAAGCUGAAGGGAGCAGCAGUGAAGCUAGCAGACUUUGGGCUAGCCAUCGAGGUGCAGGGAGACCAACAGGCCUGGUUUGGGUUUGCGGGCACCCCUGGAUACCUGUCCCCGGAGGUCCUGAGGAAAGACCCCUACGGCAAGCCUGUGGAUAUCUGGGCCUGUGGUGUGAUUCUGUAUAUCCUGUUAGUUGGCUAUCCUCCAUUCUGGGAUGAAGACCAGCACAAACUGUACCAGCAGAUCAAGGCUGGGGCCUACGACUUCCCCUCUCCAGAGUGGGACACAGUCACUCCAGAGGCUAAGAACCUGAUCAACCAGAUGCUGACCAUCAACCCUGCCAAGAGGAUUACCUCUGAGCAGGCCCUCAAACACCCCUGGGUCUGCCAACGCUCCACCGUGGCCUCCAUGAUGCACAGACAGGAGACCGUGGAGUGUCUGCGCAAGUUCAACGCCCGCCGAAAACUGAAAGGGGCCAUCCUGACCACAAUGCUGGUCUCCAGAAACUUCUCAGUGGGCCGGCAGCAUACCAACUCUGCUGCUGCCUCCUCCACUGCCUCGCUGGCACAGGAAGCUUGCAAAAGUUUACUCAACAAGAAGUCCGACUCUGCCAAGCCUCAGACCAACAACAGUAAGAACAGUAUAGUGAGCGCCAUCAAUGCCCUGAAAGAAAGCAACAUGGCAGCCAACUCCCAGAUGGAAUCCCAGAGCACGGUGGUGCACAACCCCCCCGACGGCGUCAAGGGCUCCACCGACAGCAACACCAACGACACCGAGGAAGAUAUGAAAGCGGACAGCUCGGUGGUCAGUCAGGGCAGUGCCCAAGAGGAGAUGCCCCCCCUUCUGUCCUCACCUCACAACUCACCUGCCACCACUCCACUGCAUGAUGUAAAGCGUAUGGCAUGGAACAGUUCAGGCCCCUCUGGCCCAGAGCCCCAGCCUGCUCUCCCUGCUGCUCCUCUAGGGAACACCGUCCUCACUAGUCCCCAGCCCACCCGUAAGCAAGAGAUCAUCAAGAUCACAGAGCAGUUAAUUGAAGCUGUCAACAAUGGAGACUUUGAGGCCUACACGAGGAUCUGUGACCCGGGACUGACCUCGUUCGAACCCGAGGCCCUGGGCAACCUGGUAGAGGGCAUGGACUUCCACAAGUUCUACUUUGAGAACUUGCUGAGCAAGAACAGCAAGCCGGUCCACACCACCCUGCUGAACCCCCACGUUCACCUGAUUGGCGAGGACGCCGCCUGCAUUGCCUACAUCCGCCUCACCCAGUUUGUGGACGCGCAGGGCCGCCCGCGCUCCAGCCAAUCAGAGGAGACCAGGGUGUGGCACCGUCGCGACAGCAAGUGGCUCAACGUUCACUUCCACUGCUCAGGGGCCCCUGCCGCUCCGCUGCAGUGAUCAGCCAGGGUGGCGAGGCUCCAGUAGGAGUUCAUGUUUUGGGGCAUUUUGGGCUAGUGCGUUUUAGAGGCUUGUCCUCUGUGUGGCCAAUGCCAGGAGCCCGGCUGGGCGAGACCACACCCUCUCCACAACACCAACCAAUCCCCUCCUUCCUUUGAUCCGCUGGGGGCUGGCCGAGUGCGGACCUCGCCCCCUGGGAUGAUGCAUGCAUCUGGCGCCCAAUAGGAGGGCGCGUCUCUGCCCUCUGAACCCCCUCCCCUGGUAGCCAUCUUUCUUCUGCCCGUGUGAGAUGACAGCAAACGGGGGAGGAGAGGGCGAACCGUUGAACUUGUGACAGUUAUGAGUAUGAGUUAUGAUUAUACUGUGUAAAAUAUGACUAGAUGUACCAGACACCACCGAACCCAAGCAAGCAUUUCGAAACCCAUAAGGGAGGAGAGUGGGGAGGGAGAAUUUAGCAGCUGAGAUGUCUGUCUGUCUCUACGAGCCAUCGGGCAGAACUUGCGUUGUGUUGGAAUGUCGGAAGUUGUGAUGUUAGGAUGUAGGGAGCACUUUCCCGACCGGAAGUGUAGAGGGGAAAAAAACAAGUCAGUUCAAAUCAGAACUUGAUGAGGUGAAAACUUGAUAUCAAAAGGUGAAGCACCAAAGUGUAGAGCUGUAGGCUUCUUUUUUUUUGCGUUUCUGUGUUGUUUUUUUGUUCUUGUUUUGUUGGUUAGUUUGUUUACAGAGAGAAAGGAAAGGUAGGAGCUGGGUUUGACAACGCUUUGUUGGGUUUCAGCAUCGUAUCCAGCUGCAUUUUUCUGUGAAUAUCUGAGACUUGUGUCUGACUGACUCUGUAUCUGAGGCAAAUUAUAAGUGAGUUUAAAAAGAAGAAGGAAAAAAAAUAGAACUUUUUAUCGUGCAAGUGAAGCUGCUGUGCGUGUCUGUGUGUUGGUAUGUCUGUAUGCAGUCGGGGAGAGGUGGGCUUUGGGAAAUGGUCUGCGUUUUGCAUGUUUUCCCCCCUCCUCCCUCUCUCUCUCUCUCUCUCUCUCUCUCUCUCUCUCUCUCUCUCUCUCUCUCUCUCUGUCUCUCUCUCUCUCUCUCUGUCUAACCACCCGUCUAGUCACUCUACCCUGUUUCCUUCUAGUCACUGUGUAUGACAGUGGGUGUAUAGAUAUGUAGAAAUGUGUAUAUACAUGUACAUGCAUUCAAGAGACACUCCCCCAGGACACCUAAGCAGCCAGCCCCAGAGGAUCACCUCACUCCCUUAUCCGGCCCUGACUGCUUGCACAUUUUAAAGCAUGCUCCUCCUAAUUGUGGGAGUCUCUCUCGUGCACACACACACACACACACACACUCAAGAUCUAGGUCACAUGGACAUGUAACUUUGGAGUAUAUAGAAAAGCUCCAUUUGAGAGGAAUCCAGCUUGCAGUUCAGGUGUCCCAACCGUCACCCACCCCCUUCCUCUACCCGGAGCUGGGUCUCAUGCUGGUCCUUACAUAUCUGCCCCCAGGCCUGGUGGCAGGGCCUGGGGGCUGGGCCUGGCUGUGGGGGAGAUGCUGGCCUGCUGCUGUGCUGAUGUCCUGUGCUCAUCCACCCAUGCAGCUGUCCCCCCCCCCCCUUCAUCAUGACCUGGUCAUCCACGUUUCACACAUGGCUGUUUCACACAUGGCUGUCUCUCUGUUUCUGUGUUGGGUUGGGUUUUCUUGUGGUUAUUGCUGUUUUACUGUUGUUUACUGUUGGUAAUGUACCGCUCAGCCAAGCUAGAGUUCUACACUCUCCCUGUAGCACACACACACACACACACACACACACACAGACUUUGACUGAAUGCCCCUUAAUGACACAUGUUAGAAUGGUAGUUAGAUUUAUAAUAUGAUCGCCAACCAGAUUUGAAAGAAUUGUUCUUUCAAGAAUUGAAACACUGACACACACACACAUAUAAACAUAUAAAUACAAAGGGAAAGAACAAUAAGCAGUAAUUGAAAACAACAUUGGAAUAGGAUUGAAUAUUUAUUGAUUUAAGUACAAUUAUUGAUCUGUAGUAAUCUACCCUUUAGCGGUAAUUGAAUUGCAGGGCUCUUCGAGAGCGGGUGAGAGAGGGAGAGAGUGUUGGCCAGCAGGUUCAGACGAACCGUGCUGUGGAACACCAGAGGGACAUCUAGUAUAUGCAUGUUUCAGUUGAGCAUUUCUACCAUGUACCUAAUUGAAUACGGAUGGAGAUAAGAGUUUAUCAUGUAUAACAAUAUUUGCAUCUUUGAAAUGAAAGCCUCCAUCCAGAAUGUUGAAUAGGUGACAUGGAAAAAAAUAUAUAUAUUUAAAAACACAAAAAAGCAUUUGAAAAAACGUUUUGAGGAGCCGUAGCUUGGUAUGAGGCCCUUGUUGUUAGUAUUUCCCCAGCAUUGUACCGAUAUACUACUACUACUAUUAUUACAGGCCUGUGCUUCUCUCCAGCCUGCACUCGGACGCUGGAGGUUUUUGCAUGAUCAUGAUGUACAAUUAAUACAACCAUGAAUUGACGACUAUUAAGUGUUUGUCUGAAUGUUAGUUGGUCUUCAUCAUAGCUUUGUUAUUCUUCAAAACUUGGAUCUUGAAAGUAUUUAAUAAAAAUACUAUUUCAGCAUC